AUGUCUGCAAAUAGAAUAUAUUGUACGAUACGUUUUUUCAUGAGCUCAGUUUUACACAAUAAUUGGGACGCAUUUGACAAAUGGAUGAACAAAAUCAAUAAAAAUAGGGCAAUCAAUUGUGGAAAAUCUAUUGCUGAGUAUCCGUUUGCCUCUUGCCGAAUUAGAAAGAUCUGCGGAACUUCCAAACGAUGUACUGGAAUGUAUUACAAAGCCGACUGGAACGAAAGGAUCUGUUGUUUAUUGGAUGAAUCGGGAUCAACGCGUCCAAGGCAAAAGCUGCUUCAUGUUUAUAAUAACUGGGCUCUUCUCUUCGCCCAACGGAUUGGCCUAAAAUUUUCCUUACCGCUUGAUGUUUGCUUCAGUCUUCCAUCGUCUGCUGCGAUUCAAACACGAAGGCACGCUAAUUUUCUUUUGGAAGGUCUAACCGAAGUUGAACAGGCAAGUCUCCCAUUAAUUAUUCACUCUACUUUUUGUAGCAUUAGUAACAAAUGUGAUAUGUAA